GCUCCCGGAGGACACAGGCUCCAGGUGUCCCAAGAGGAGCUGCUAACUUGUCAGCUCUCCCAGUCUUCCAGAGACAGCAUGUCAGAGGGGGCGGGCACAUUCCGCAUGGUCCCUGAGGAGGAACAGGAGCUCCGUGCCCAACUGGAGAGGCUUACAACCAAAGACCAUGGACCUGUCUUUGGCCCAUGCAGCCAGCUGCCCCGCCACACCCUGCAGAAGGCCAAGGACGAGCUGAACGAGAAGGAGGAGACCCGGGAGGAGGCGGUGCGGGAGCUGCAGGAGCUGGUGCAGGCGGAGGCGGCCUCCGGGCAGGAGCUGGCCGUGGCCGUGGCGGAGAGGGUGCAGGGAAAAGACAGCGCCUUCUUCCUGCGCUUCAUCCGCGCGCGCAAGUUCCACGUGGGGCGCGCCUACGAGCUGCUUAGAGGCUACGUGAACUUCCGGCUGCAGUACCCAGAGCUCUUCGACAGCCUGUCCCUGGAGGCCAUCCGCUGCACCGUCGAGGCUGGCUACCCUGGUGUCCUCUCCACUCGGGACAAGUAUGGCCGAGUAGUCAUGCUCUUCAAUAUUGAGAACUGGGACUCUGAAGAAAUCACCUUUGAUGAGAUCUUGCAGGCAUACUGCUUCAUCCUGGAGAAGCUACUGGAGAAUGAGGAGACUCAAAUUAAUGGCUUUUGCAUCAUUGAGAACUUCAAGGGCUUCACCAUGCAGCAGGCUUCCGGACUUCGGCCUUCCGAUCUCAGAAAGAUGGUGGACAUGCUGCAGGAUUCCUUCCCAGCUCGGUUCAAAGCCAUCCACUUCAUCUACCAGCCGUGGUACUUUACCACCACCUACAACGUGGUCAAGCCCUUCUUGAAGAGCAAAUUGCUCCAGAGGGUCUUUGUCCAUGGAGAAGACCUCUCCAGCUUCUACCAAGAGUUUGACGAGGACAUCCUGCCCUCCGACUUCGGGGGUACACUGCCCAAGUAUGAUGGCAAAGCCGUUGCUGAGCAGCUCUUUGGUCCUCGGGACCAAACUGAGAACACAGCCUUCUGAGAACAUCUCCUGCCAUCUGACCCGUAGUUAGCAUUCCUGGGCCUCUCCUCAGCUGCCCUGGACCCAGAAGGCUGUGAAAAAGGGCUUCCUGGGGUGACUGUGGUGCCCCUGAACCUCCCUAAGCUUGGGCGAACUCAGAUGUCGUUCUCCUCCCAAGAUAGGG